UCCAUGAAUACGUGUACGUUUUUUAUGCAUGUUGUGUUGUCAAAUGUCAAAUUGUUGCUGAAAUGAGUGUUUGUUUUGUGAUUCCUUACAUUUCGUAGUUAUUCAGGCUCAGUGUUUGAUAUGGCAUGGUUUAAAGAUCUCGCAGGUAAAGCAGAAGAUUUCCUCAACCAGAUUGAUCAGAAUGCUGCUGUUGCUCUUCAAAAAGAAAAGGGUUUGAACCCUGAUCUGUUAGGGGGUGUGGAAACUUCCAAUGGUUCUGAGGAAAUUAUACAACGGGAAGGUCAACCAGUUCCUGUGCCUAAGAAACUAUUUUCUAGUGCAACGAAAACUUCGGGAAACAAGAGUGCAUUUUCUUCAGUGCGCUCAUCACCCAAUCUCGCCAGUCUAGCUCCAACAAGAACAUCUACACCUCACAGUGAUGACGAAUUAAUGAAGUUCUUAAAUAGUUCAGAACAUUCAGAACAGUCAAGGAGCAUGGCAGCAAUGGCUGAGGGUGAUACCGUAGACCACAUGGUAGAAGUGGAGGAAGCACCCUCGUUCCCAGCAGGAGGCCCCACCAACGGCACCGAACACUCCGUAUCACUCUCUCUCCGCAGCACGCCCUCCAGUGAGCUGGUGGAAGUGGUGCCAGAAGCGAGUCCUGGUGCAGCGAGAGUGCAGCUGAAUGGCAUAUCGCCGGCCGGCCAUGUCAGUGAAGACCUUAGAACAGAGAACAGCUUGCUUAAAACAGAGCUGCGAAGCAUCAACAGUGAGAUGUCCCAGCUCUUGCGACGAACAAAAGCAGCCGAACGAGAUUGUUCCAGCCUGCAGAACGAGCUGAUGUCGGCUCAGACGAGGGAAGGGAAGCUAUCGUCCAGUCUGCAGGACAUGGAGAGCGUCAUCUUCAAGCUGGAGUCUCAACUGGAGGCGUCCAGUGAGCAGGUGGCCAUUCUGCAGCAGCGAGUCUCCAGCCUGGAGCUCGAGAGAGACAAGCUGCUGACGUCUGCUGAGUCGUCGGACACGAAGAGCCUGACCAUCCAGUCGCUCCAGUCGGAACUGUCGACGAAGGAAGAGGAGCUCGCGAGCCAGCGAGUGUCCCAGCAGCAGGAAGUUUCUGCGCUGAAGGAAAGGCUGGCCGCGCUGGAAGCGGAGGGAGCCCGCCAGACGGGGGCGCUGCAGGCCCAGCUGGCUCAGGCGCGCGCUGACAUGCAGGCGCAGGGGGAGCGCCUGCGCGGGGAGCUGCGAGAGGCCCAGGCCGAGCUGGAGCAGUACCGCACGCGCGCCCAGCGCAUCCUGCAGGACAAGGAGCGCCUCAUCGCCGAGCUGCGGGGCGACGGCCCGGCCGGCCGCGCGGACGACGCCGCGCUCCUGGAGCUGGAACAGCUGCGCAGCGAGCGCGAGCUGUUGCGCGAGGAGGCGGCACAGGCGUGCGCACGGCUGCAGGCGGCACGCGACGAGCUGCAGGCCUCCGAGGCACGGCUGGAUGCGUGCCGGGAGCAGGCGGCGACGGCCGCACGCACUCUGCAGGACUCCGUGCAGGAGGAGCGGAGGAGGCGUCAGGUUGCGGAGGAGGACUGCGCGAGUCAGGCGGAGGAGCUGAGGGCGCUGCGCGAGGAGCUGGCGCGGCAGUGCGGCCUCCUGGCGCGCAGGGUGCAGGAGCGGGACCAGGAGCUGUCCCGGCUCCGAGCCCAGCUGGCCCGGCGCCCCGCCUCGCCCCCGGGCGGGGAGCUCGAGUCCCGCCUGCACAGCCUCACCCAGACGCUCGUGCACAGGCAGACGCUGCUGGAGACCGCCACCACCGAGCGGAACGCCCUGCGGCUGCAGCUCGAGAAGCUCGAGAACAAGUACAGAGAAGCUGUGUCCUCGCUGCAUCAAAACCCACAUGAUGGUAUUAUCAGCGUGAACGACACUGAUGAUGCCAAAGCGCAGGUGCCCAGCUUCCUGGUGGAGAGUCCGUUCGACACCGGCAUGGCUCGGAGGGUGAAGCGGGCUUACUCUUCGCUGGACGCCGUCAGCAUCCGCACAGGCGUGUUCCUACGCCGCUACCCGCUGGCGAGGAUACUGGUCGUCUGCUACAUGGUGAUGCUGCACUUGUGGGUGAUGCUGGUGCUGUUUACGUACACGCCUCAAGGCCAGGUGUGAAGCAGUGUGGUUCCCGGGAAUGCCAAAGUGAUGGCUACGCUUCUGCUGUGGCCCGACGACUUGAAUCAGUAUUGCACAAUCACCAUACCUGCCAGUAGUUUGGUGACACAUUCAACUACUGUCGUAGCUUAUGAGAGUUAUUAUGUUUGUCAUAGUGUACAAAACUGUUUUCGUGAUUCAUACUAUGCCAAAAUAUACAUUUGUUAUUAAUUUGACAAUCUCAUAAAAUUCAAUAACUGUUGAUUGGAAUUUUCCAUCGUGAUUUGUCCCUCAAACUGGGUCAUGUUUAAUCAAUUUUAUAGUUUUAUUUCAGAUGGUUAGCCACAUUAAAAAUGUUUAAGAGUACCUGAUUAUACCUAUUUUUAUUUGACUUUUUUUUGUUUGGUGAAUCUUAUGUAAUUCUGUAUUGUUUACCUGAUCUAAUAAACAUUUUUAUCCUUCAGAAGUUACUUAAUUGCCAGCUAUUACAUACACUACUUAUAAAAAGCCUGUUUUAUAACUAGGAAAUUAAAAGGCUCAUAUUGUUUUUUAUAAAAUAUUAACCUAAUUCCAUUUUGUACACAUGUGAUAGUCCCCAUGUUAUAAAUGUUGAAUGUUUUUGUACUGGUGAGUUUUAAAUCAUUUGUGUGUGAUCGUAGUAGCUGAACAUAAUUCAUAACAGUUCAUGCUCAAGAACAUGAGUGCCAAGCUUGAACUGCCUUGUAGAUCAUCAUAAGACAAAAACUUAGGUACGCAACAAGCAGCAUUACUGCUAUAUUUAAUGUUGCAUCUAAUCUAUGUUUGUUAUAUUUUAAGUUUGAGUUACCUCGUUUUUUGAAUUGGCAUUGUUCAAACUAUAAUUAUUAAAGGUUGCUAUACAUGGCGCUUCGGGCAGAGUCUAAAUUCGCCACCAAAUUCAUUGAUGGAACUACAAAAGAUGCUGCUGCUUUUGGUAUUGGCGUCCAAAAGAGUAAAGUCGCUGCCGUCAGCGGUCGCAGAGGUAAAUGUUGAACAUGUUCAACUUUCCCAUCCCUGUCAAGCUAUUAAUUGGCUGAUUUCAUCAGUGCGUAAGACAUGCCUUGUUAAAAUAUUGUAUGAAGCAGAGGGUCAAACAGCUGACUGCUGUGCGCAUUUGCGACACAUCCCGCCAAAUCAAGCUUGUUUUCUUGUUCGUGUCUGAAUUCCACCAAAACAUACAUUUCUGUACCAAUAUCGUCUUUCUUUUCAAUUGUGCUAUCACAGAAUAUAUAACUUGAGCUUGGAAAGCUCUCAAGCACAAAGUGAAACAGUGGCUGGUAGUACGUCAUCUCGUGACGCCAUCACACUCGGAACUUCUGUCCCCACAAAACUUCUUUCAGAACGCUAGCAUUGUCUUAUGCUUUUAGUAGCCCUGUCCAAAUGGUUCAACAGUAGCUGCUUUAUUCGCCUGUAAGUCACUCUAGGAGAGCGAUGAGAUGCCAGAGACUAGCAUCAAAAGCAGCAUCUUGUAAAUCACAUGUAGCUUACCCUUCAAUAAAGUCAAGAAAUUCUAUUUAAAUAUACAAUAAAAAUGGGAAUAUCAAUUUAAUUUCCUUUAAAAAUGCAGCUAUAUGACUGCAUCAUAACCAACCUGUGAAUAUGAAGUAAGAGCUGAGGAGAUAGUAUCUCACGAAGGUACUAGUGUUAGGUCAUGUGAUUGAGUAAGAAUUAUAGUACUAGUCUGUUAUUUAGCAAACACUGGAUAGUUUUUUUUUAAAUAAACAUUUUAUUGCUAAUGUAACACAAACAAUGUACAAUUUGUAAUUAUUUUCGUUUUAUACUUUGAAUAUACAUGCACACAUAAAUAACAGAACACAUAUUUGAAAACAUAAUCUAGUGGUAUCAGUACAGGACAAUUAAUUUACAACACACAAAAUAUUGCUGGUAUGUCAGUGCUGGUUCUAAGUCUGCUUAAUUGAUAUUAAUUACUCCACCAAAGCUAUAAAACAUUUAACAGAUAUGCUUGCUGGUUUUUAAAGUUACAUUAAGUGUACGACAUGCUGAUAAAAUUUAUUUGAAGAGAAAAUCUAAAUAGGCUGAAAUUACGGAAAUUUAUUUGUUGGGCGAACAUUACCACCACCUUUGACAUGCCGCAAAUGUUUUCACUAUUUUAUAUAGAUCAUUCAUCUGACACCUUUAGUCACGAGAUAAUUGUUCACAUACAUUACCCCUUUCUUUAAAUAAUUUUAAUCUUACAGUGAUACGUGCCAUUUGUAUACAAAUUUGUUAUGAAUACAAUGAAAAGAAAUGGGUUGUGUCCUUUCAGUGCUACUGACUGCUUUCAGGAUACUGGAACCACUCUUGGAAUGAGAAAGAUAAAAGUUAUUUUGACACCUGUGUGCGUGAAACAGUGUGUGUUAAAAUUUACAUGUUUGUUAUGUUUUAGAAUGAACAAAUUUUAUAACGGUUAAAGCAUGUGCUUGUUUGCACUAAAUGAAGUUUACAGUGGGAAAAAAAAAGUAUAAUUUAAAUUUGUUUCACUUCAGCUUAUGUGGAUAUGUUGAUGACUUUAGCAUAAAAGCAAAUAAUAUGAUUUACGGAAGCAUACAGUAGGCCUAACCUAUCUGGUAAACAUUACGAACUAACCCUUUAAACAGUGUUAUUUUUUAUACAAAAACCUUCAAAACAUUGUGUUAUAUAUAAAAUCACCUUAUAUAUUACCACCAUCAGCUGUCUAUACAUUUUCAUCAUCGUAGAAAUUUUAUAUAAUGUAAAAUGGAGAUUUUUAGUCACAUUACUUUAUUUGUCGUAGAAUGAUGUGCCAUUUGUGCAUAAAUAUGUUUGAGUCAACAUAACUUACAUGUGCCCCACACAUUUUGCCCCUUUUUCUGCAUCUCAGGUCAGUUAAAACUGCCGAUACUCAAACUAGCACUCGACUCCGUAUAAUACUGAGUUGUGUACGUUUUAUUGUUACUAGGUGUUUGGUUGCUAAAAGUGUCAGCUAGUGAAGCCCUUUUUUACUCCCAUGUUUUUCACUUUACAUAUUGUGCUGUCAGCUUCUACAGGUAUGGAGAAAAAAAUAUAUAUGUAUAACCUGAUUCAUUUUUAAUGUUCAUAAAAUUUUAUUUUUUUAAACUGUUAUAAGGUGUGUGGAGAAUUUAGGUAUGUAAAAUGGAAAAAAAAUAAUAGAAUGAUUAAUAUUUUAAAUGAUAUCGAACUGUAUUAAAUGAAAAUGUAAAGAGCUAUUGUUUGUAUUGUAUAUGCUAUUUUAGAACUGUGGUAAUGUUACUCACUGUUACAAAUGAAUUUGUGACUCAAGUUUAAAACAUUUUCAUUAAUAUUGAUAAAAACUGUGUACUUCAAAUCAAAUCUAGUAAAAUUUUUCAGUUCAGUCUAAGUGUGAAAUGGGUCUUUGACUCACUGCCACUGCAUAUAAGUUGUUUUUAUCGAACACAAAUAAAAGUAAAUAUGUAUA